GAAAUUCAAUCCGGGGAUGGUGAACCCGCAGCCAAAAAGCCUCGUAAAGAAUAUCGUUGUGACACCUGUAGCAAGAUUUUCUCUCGUUCAAGAAAUCUUAAAACCCAUGUACGAACCCAUACUAGUGAGAAACCAUUCGAAUGCAACCGCUGUGAUAAGAAGUUUUCAGACAAAUCGGUCCUUACUGUCAAAACAGGUCAAGCGUACCCCCCAAGAUUCUAUUAAUGAAUUGAUUAUUUGAAAAAUGAAUCCGUUAGUCGUUCCCGUAACUAGUGUCAAAUUCAAAUCGGAAUUACUGCAUGCUUGAUGAGCAGUGAAUAAUUUACGAGAACUUGUCUGUCGUUGGUCAGAUUGAAAAUCUUUGAAUGAAUUAAAAUUCUUAGAAGACAUUUACAUCAAAUUCAGGGAAACUGAGCUGGUAGAAAUUUCGUAACUGAAUCGCGUGUGAAUUCACGGCUCAUUACGCAUGCAAGAAUGUACAGAUGAUUCUGAAAUUUACAACUGCCAACGGACUCAACUUUCGAAUAAUAAAUUCAUUAAUGGAAUUUUGGGGGGUACGCUUGACCUGGUUUGACUGUAAUCGUCACCUGAAAGCCCACGACAGGCAAGCUGCCGAACGUACGUUUACUUGUAAUACGUGUGGAGAAACCUUUCACAACCGCGCCCCU